GCCCGGCUCAGCAAGGGUCUAUGUCUGCUACAGCGACAACUUUCAGUUCGGUGAAAGAGGGUUGCCCAGUGUGGAACUAGGUUGUCUAUUUACCUUAAGGUACACCAAGUUCACAUCCUCGGCCUCUCCCAACUUCUCUUGAUCCUUAUAGAAUCCGAUGCAAAGCUUGUCUUUUUCUCUUCGCUUUACCUUGUAGACGAGCGACCCGGCUGAGAUAUCUUCCCGUCUCUGACUGAAGAAUGGCACCUCCCCGCAAACGCCGUAGAGCGCCCACCAACCCCAUCGAGGCAGCGAACCGCAAAUCCGACGCCGAUUUUGUGAGGGACCAUCUCCAGGCCAGCCCCGAGUGGACGAAAUGGACGCAUCCCAAAAGCGGUACAUCGUACACCCUCUCACUCAAGUCCCCGUCGCAGCUCUCACAGGGUGAGUUGCAAGCGUGUUUCGACCUCAUCGACUACACAAGUGGAGCAGAUUAUCGCGCUUCAAAAGACGGGUGGAGGCCUAGCCACAAGAUGAAGGAGAUGAAAAGCGAAGGACUGCGAUACGUCCUCGUGAAAAAGUCAGAUGUGUCGGUGCCUGAAUCAUCCGCUGCUGGUAAGGACGAGGGUGAAGAGGGUGGCGAGGUUGCGGAUGACAAAAUUUGCGGAUUCACGAGCCUGAUGCCCACCUUUGAAGAGGGUGAGGCUGUGGUGUACUGCUAUGAGAUCCAUCUCCUGGAGGAAUUACGAGGCACCGGCAUGGGCCGUACACUCAUGGAUUACCUCGCCAAAGUGGCCGAGAGCAUUUCCAUCAUCGAAAAAGUGAUGCUGACUUGCUUCAUCGCCAACGCGGAUGCGCGCGCGGUUUAUGAGAAGCUUGGUUUUGAGAUUGAUGCGCUGUCACCCGUGGAGAGGAAGUUGAGGUUUGGCAAGGUGUUUGUGCCGGAUUAUGUCAUCAUGAGCAAGAGGGUUCGUGAUAAGAGGAAGGAUGAGGGAAGGGAGGAUCUGGACGAGGGUGGCGCGGUAGAUAAUGAGGCGUGAUGUAUACGGAUAUCUUGAGUUGAUACGCCUCAGAUUGCUCCGAUUUAAGGUACCGUGCAUCUUCGGCGAUGGCUUGCAAAGAGAGGGCCCCAGGAGACCAUGCCCAGGGUAUUGGGCGGUUUACUUUUCCACGAUUUAUUCGUACUGAUGUUGAGAACCAAUUAUUCUCAACUCUCACAGACAGCUUAUGACUACAGCGAAGCAAGUGAGGCCGGGGAAAAUGACAGACCAUAAUUAGAGCUGGAGCCCGUUUGACA